AUGGCGUCGCCCUACCCAGCCAGCGCGCGCGCUGCGCUCGUCCACCGCUCCACGACCCUGUGCCGAGGACCAGCGUCCGCACACGCCGCGGCGGCCCUGACGCCCUUCGUGAGGGCGCGAGUUGCACCGCAGCUGUACCGCAAUGCGCUCCUGAAGCAGGCGACCGCGUUCGCCGGACACCACCACCAGCUCCGCCUCCUCACCACUUCGCGACCGUUCCUCGCUCCCAACCCGUCUUCACCCAGCAGCCAGUCCGCCGAGCCCGCAACUGCAUCAUCUGCAGAUGCAUCGAAGGAGGUUGCGGUCCAGGACGAGAAGAAGGGCGCGGUUGCGAAGAAGGACAAGGAGAGCAAGGAGAAGGGUACUCGGAUGCAGCGCGCCUGGGCGAUGGUGAAGAAGGAGGCGUUGCACUACUGGCAUGGAACUAAGCUGCUCGGCAAGGAGAUCCGGAUCUCGGCCAGGCUGGUGAGGCGGUUGGUCGCGGGCAAGAAGCUCACUCGCCGUGAGCACCGUCAGCUCAAGCGCACGACCACCGACCUCCUCCGUCUGAUCCCGUUCUCCGUCUUCGUCAUCGUCCCGUUCAUGGAGUUCCUCCUCCCGGUUGCACUCAAGCUCUUCCCGAACAUGCUCCCCUCGACUUUCACCGACAAAUUCAAGGAGGACGAGAAGAAGCGCAAGCUCCUCAAGGUCCGCCUCGAGAUGGCCAAGUUCCUGCAAGAGACGAUCCGCGAGAGCGGUAUCAAGAGUCCCGACAAGAUCAAGCAGUCGGAGGAGUUCAAGGAGUUCUUCCGCAAGGUCCGCAGCACCGGCGAGUCGCCCUCGACUGAGGAGGUCGUCCGCGUCGCCCGCCUGUUCGAAGACGACUUGACCCUCGAGAACUUGACCCGCCCGCAACUCGUCUCGAUGUGCCGCUACAUGAACAUCAACGCCUUCGGCACCGACAUCUUCCUCCGCUUCACGAUCCGCAACCGCCUGAGCAAGAUCAAGGAGGACGACAAGGUCAUCGCCGGCGAGGGUCUCGAUGCGCUCAGCUUCUCGGAACUCCAGUCGGCCUGCCAGUCUCGCGGUAUCCGUACCCUCGGCGUCAGCGAAGAGCACCUUCGCUCGGAACUGUCGCAGUGGCUCGACCUCCACCUGCACCACGGCUUGAGCGGCACGCUCCUCAUCCUGUCCAAGGCGUUCGCGUUCAACCGUGCUUACGGCGCUGCCGAGGCCGAGGGCGGCGACGAGAUCAUGCGCAGCCUCAAGGACACGCUCGCCAGUCUGCCCGACAACCUCGUCAACGAAGCCGAGCUCGAGGUCUCGUCCGACUCUGCUUCGUACAAGCAGCGUCUCGAGGUCUUGCAGCAGCAGGAAGAGCUCAUCGAGGACGAGGAGGAGCAGGAAGCCAAGGAGGCUGAGGCCCGUCGUCUCAAGAAGGAGGCCGAGGAGGAGGCCAAGCGCGAGAAGAAGGAGGCUGAGGAAGAGGCUAAGCGCGAGGAGCUUGAAAAGAAGGAGCAGGAGAAGCGCGAGGUCGAGGAGAAGGAGACGCGCGAGAAGGAGUCGGCUAAGGCCGAGACGUUGUUGCCCGAGAGCGAGGUCAAGGAGGCGGCCAAGGAGGAGCUCAAGGAGGAGCUCAAGGAGGAAGUCGCACCCGAAAAGGCGCCGGAGGACGUCCGCAUGACCAGCGAGCAGGUCCAGGAGCUCGGCUCCGCCCUCGAGAUCCUGUCGGCCAAGUCUGCCGUCGUCAAGGAGCGCACCGAGCUGCGCCGCCUCAUCACCGAGAACGAGAAGGCCGAGCAGGAGGAGGGCGGCCAGCCAAACCCGCUCAACAAGCGCCUCAAGUCGCUCCUCACCAAGAUCGACAAGCAGCUCGAGGAGUACGACUCGUCGGUCGGCAACCGUCUCAACAUGUUCUCGACCGACCACGAGGGCAAGAUUGCCGCCAAGGACCUCAAGUCGGCCCUCGAGGUCAUUGCUCACCGCCCUCCCGAGGAGGAGAUCGAGGUCCUCCUCAAAAAGCUCGACCCCGACGGUGACGGCUGGAUCCCUCUCGACGACAUCCUGUCGCUUGCCGGCGGCGAAGGUCUCGGUAUCCUGAUUGAGGAGGAGGCUGCCGCCGAGCUGCAGGAGUCGGCGCAGACAAUUAAGGACGCGGCCAAGGACGGCCUCACCGACAUCCCCGCGGCGUCCAAGCCCGCCGAGCCGGCGUCCGCGGCAGAGAAGGAGAAGAAGGACGAGAAGAAGGAGGACAAGCCCAAGCUGAGGAAGGAGGACGUUGUUCAGGACUGA